AUGGAUCCACUCGCUGCCCGCUCGAAUUAUACAGGAAGCAGCGCUUUCUCAGAAUACUUCUCCACGCAAACGACAAACCCGUAUUAUGUGAAUACGAACUCCUAUAUAAGCAAUGUAACGACACCUGACUACGCACGAUCUUCAACCUACGCUCCUACCUACGACUACCACGCCAGACCACCACCGCGCCUCAUGUCGACGCCAGGGCCAGAGACAGCCUACGGGAAGACGCCACUGACGCUGGGAACGGAGGGGUACGCCUCACCGCCGUGGCAGAAUAUUAACGUUAACGUUACGCCGUCUACGCCAAUGAUAUGGGACGGCAAGUCUGACGGCAGCAUGUUCUCAUGGGCCCUAGGACGACCAGGUGACUUUGGUCUCACACAAAUUCCCGGGGCACUGAACGGCGGUCUCUCGACACAGGCUAUUAAAAGGAAACGGAAGACGACACCCGCACAACGCUUAGCGGCGAACAUUAGGGAAAGACGAAGAAUGAUAAAUCUGAACACAGCAUUUGAUCGUCUGCGGCGCAGAGUUCCCAGCUUCCCCCACGAGAAACGACUGUCACGGAUACAGACGCUCCGAUUGGCUAUCUUGUACAUUUCAUUCAUGACCGAGUUAUUGUCGGGUCAAGACAUACACACUCUUCUCCAACAGAAAGAACAGGAGCAGGGCCAUAAACCUGUUGUCUGGCAACCUUAUGAGUGCGUCAGCCCCGCAGCGACAUCUAGUGAUUCGUUUUUAGAGGAUUCCUUAGACGGAGGCCCUUUAUAAUUAUCUGAUUAUAUAUAU